CACAAACACAAAGGCAGCAAGAACAUGGCGCCUUUCAUUUCAAAUUAACCUCUUCUCCUAAUCAGACAUCCAUAGUCCAAUUGAUUCCCCUUCCAAUCUUUCGAAUUUGGAGUUCAUAACCGGAGACAAAGAUGAUCGUAAGAACGCCUUUACCUAAGAAACGAAAGCCUGAAACGACCGGCAAUUCGGAGAGCCCUAACUCUGAUGGCCAUUUGGUGAUAUUCGAGGACUUGCCGGUGCCGGAACCCUCACACCAACAUUCCGAUCAGAUGAUGUGCACUUACCAGUGUCGGCAAAUGGUCAAAGCAGAUUUCUUAGAUGCUUUGAGUAGUGCAGAGAAGCAAUCACAAAACUACCAUUCCAAACUUGAGGCAAUGAAUGAUGACUUAUUGAAAUCUGAAGCUGAAAGGAUGAAAUUUCGCGAUCAGAUUCUAUAUGCAGAACAAGAACUAGCUGCUGCAAGAGGGCGUGAAGAGGCUCUGCAAGACCAGCUUUUGAAAGAGAUAAAUGAAUCUCAAGAACGACUAAGAAAGCAAAUCCAUAUCCAUAGUGAACUUGAGGUCAAAUUUAGGAAAGAGAUGGAUCUUCGCAAAAAAGCAGAAUCUUUGUUAUCCUCAGCUGAAGAAAAAGCAAGUCUUUUAGAGGGGAAAUUGAGCCAUGUCUCUGAAAGCACAGAGAGGGAAAAAGUUCGUCUUCAGAAGGAUCUUACACAGCUUAAACAGGAAUCAAAACUUUCAAUUUCUAGAAUUAGUGCAGACCUUGAGAAAAUGGAAUGCAGAGCUAUUAACUUUGAGAAAGAAGCAACUCUCCUGAAGGAACAACUUGAAAACCUUCAAAGUCAACUUAAUGAGUGCUUGCAUGAGAAGAAUGAAGUAGAGAAAAAACUUUCCACUUUAACAUAUCAAGAAGCUCCUUCCUCAGAUGACAGUAUCUUGGUGAAGCAUUUGAGAGAAGAGCUCAGAAAUUAUGAAUCAGAAGUCCGUGAAGCUAGGAAAUGGAAAUCCUCUCAUGAGGACAUUGAGUUGUUGAGGGAGAAAUUGUUGGAAGAAAAGAGCAGGAGAGAGAGGGCAGAGUUAGGGAUUUCAGAAUUAUCAGAAGCACAAUUAAAUGCAAAGAAAUUGCAGGAUGAAUUGUCAUGUUGGGAAUCAAUGAUGAAGGAGAUUCCUGGUGUGACAUGUGCUGCUGACAUACCUCUCAAGUUUGCAGCAUUGCAAAAGGAUGUUAUUGAGAGCAUGAUGAAGAUGGGAGAGGUGAGUGCACGUUUGAAACAAGUAGAGGUUGCUUUUGAUGCUGCUGAGAAUGGUAGACAGACUGCUGAAACAGAGUCUGCAUUGACCAAAGAGAAGGUUGAACUUUUGAAAUUGGAGCUCAAAAGAAAUGAGUUGCUGCUUUCUUCAGUUAGUGAGGAGAGGGAUCGUUUGAAAAGUGUUGUUGAUCAACUGAAGCAGCAAAAGAAUGCUGAAGCAGGGGCUGCAAGUGCAAUGACUGAUGGAACACUUGAGGAUCUUGAAUCUUCUCUUGCCAUUAAAGAAGAUUACAUAAAGAAACUGGAGAGCUCUAUACUUGAGCAAAAAGACGUAAAUGCCCGUCAGCAUAAUGAAAUAAAGCUGCUGAAUGAGAGGCUGAAUAAUGAAUUAAGAAGAAUAAAGUCAUUGGAGAGGGAGGAUGAUCGACUGCGCUCAGAGAUAGCUAUACUGGAAUCAAAGGUGGGGCAUGGUGAUUUUUCAUCUGCAAGUACAAAAGUACUGCGAAUGGUGAACAGCCUGGCAGUUGACAGCGAGGCAAAACAGACAAUAGAGGCUUUGCAAAAUGAAUUACAGAAGACAAAAGAGAAGUUACAAGCUGUUGAGGAGUUGAAAAAGCAGUCAGCUGAUGCUGGGACAUUGGUAGACUCGUAUAUUUCUGGGAAAACAGUGCAGUUAAAAGAGCAAAUUGCUACCCUUGAGAAACGCGAGGAAAGGUAUAAGACGGUCUUUGCAGAUAGAAUCUCAGUUUUUCGAAGGGCAUGCUGUGAAUUAUUUGGUUACAAGAUUGUGAUGGAUGAUCACCAGCGAUUGGAUGGGAUCCCUGUUACAAGAUUUACCCUUCACUCAAUAUAUGCUCAAAGUGAGGAUGAAAAACUUCAAUUCGAAUACGAAUCAGGGAACACAAAAAUUCUUGGAAAUAACUACACACAGCAGCGUGACAUAUCCAAGCAGGUGGAGAUUUUCAUUGGGAAGAUGAACUCGAUUCCAGCUUUCACUGCCAAUUUGACGAUUGAGUCUUUCAAUAAGCGCACACUUUCAUGAGAAUGAGAAUGAGAAUGAGAAUGAGAGAUAGAAAGCAACUCCUCUUGUUGCUUUGCAUACACUCACUCUACCCAUCAAUCUAUCAUUUUGUACCACAAAUUGAACCAUGUUUUGCCAAUUUGGAGCAAUGGUGUUAUAAACGUCUGCUGUUUGUUACAUAUAUAUAGUAUGUAUGUGUGUGUGUGUGUUCUUCCAAGGCUUAAAGGCUUAAAGGAGUUGGAGAA